AUGUCAGGGAUUGCAACAAUUUGGCGUCGAUCAUUUCAAUCAGCUGCUAGUCAGACUCUAAUGGAGACAUAUUUUGGCCCGUCUGUAUCUUCUGGUGCUGUGAGGUGGUUCAGCAGUGGCGCUAAGCACUCAAGAAAACCUGACUUUUCUGUUGCUAACCAGAUUAAGGUGGUGGAUUGGUAUUCUGCAGUUAAUGAUGUGUCAAAGAUCAGAAGGUUGCCCCUUUCAUGCCGUAUGGACACUAAUUGGUUGAUUGCUUCAAAGUCCAGACAUGGUGCAUUGCCAGGAUUCUUAGGUGUUUCAAGCUUCCAUCGUGGAUACUCCUCAGAUACUGGAAUCAAGCCAGAAGCUUCACAGAGUGCUGUCUCUAAUCUUCCUUCUACAGAAAGCUCUGAGGUUGGCACUGCAGGUGGUGGUGGGGGUUCAUGGAUUGAGAUCUUGGAUAAUGCUCGCAAGUCUACUGUAGAUGCUACCACUGAUGCAGGCAAGAAAGUCAAGGAGCUGACUGAUGCAGUUGCACCUCAUGUCCAGCAGCUAUUUGAUACAUAUCCAAAUCUUGAAAAGGUAGUUCUUCCACUUGGCGGAACACUAUGUGGUACAAUGAUGGCAUGGUUGGUCAUGCCUAUCAUUCUAAGGAGGCUUCACAAGUAUGCAUCACAACGUCCUAUAGCAGCACUUCUGGGGAACUCAACCAAGAAUGAUGUUUCAUACCAAACUAGUCUCUGGUGUGCAUUAGAGGAUCCUGCAAAAUAUCUGAUCACAUUCAUGGCAUUUUCAGAAAUGGCCACACUUAUUGCACCAAGCAUAUCAACUUAUCUUCCGCAGGCAUGGAGGGGUGCAUUUGUUCUGUCUUUUGUAUGGUUCCUUCAGAGGUGGAAAACCAACUUCAUUGCUAAAGCUAUGGCUAAACCAGAUGUCUCGAGUGUUGACCGCGAUAGGAUUUCUGCAUUUGAUAAGGUUUCUUCAUUGGGACUGAUUGGACUAGGAGUAAUGGGUCUUGCUGAAGCUUGUGGUGUAGCUGUUCAAUCAAUAUUAACUGUUGGUGGUGUGGGAGGUGUUGCUACUGCUUUUGCUGCUAGAGAUGUCCUUGGUAACAUUCUGAGUGGGUUCUCCUUGCAAUUUUCUAAGCCAUUCUCAGUUAACGACUACAUAAAGGCCGGGCCAAUAGAAGGUAAGGUGGUUGAAAUUGGACUCACUUCUACUUCAUUGAUCAAUCCAGAGAAGCUCCCUGUCAUAGUACCCAACUCUUUGUUCUCCAGUCAGAUGAUAGUUAACAGAUCACGAGCUAAUUGGCGAGCUAGUGUGACAAAGAUUCCUAUACGAAUUGAGGAUAUUGAGAAGGUUCCUUCUGCAUCAGAGGAGAUAAAGAAUAUGUUAAGGUCUAAUCAAAAUGUGUCCUUUGAUAGUGAUGUUCCUUACUGCUAUCUCUCGAGAUUGGAAAGUUCAUAUGGAGAGCUCACCAUUGGAUGCAACCUAAAAAACAUGAGAAAAGAUGAGUGGCUAUCUGCCCAACAAGAAAUUCUUUUGGGAGCUGCCAGGAUUAUCAAGUCACAUGGCAUUGAAUUGGGAAGCACCAUGCAGUGUUGUUAA